AUGGCCCAAUACUACCCCCAACAACAAGGAGGCUACGCCCCCCAGUCCUCCGCACAGCAGAACCUCCAGUUCUUCCCCUCGUCCUACUCCUCCGUGUCCGGCCACACAACUCCCAACCAAGCAUCCUACGGGGCUGGCAGCUUUGGAGGCGCGCCCAAUCCAUCCUCGCAGGCUUACCCGGGUGCCGGCGCGGGCUAUGGCGGCUUUGGGUCCGCCGCUGCUGGCGUGAGUGGCCGCAUGGGUGAGCAGGGCGGCUUGAGGACAGGUUGGUUGGCUGCUUUUGGCACAGAGGGGUAUGACGGCGAACCACCAUUGCUGGAGGAACUGGGUGUCAAUUUUGAGCACAUUCGGACAAAGACCUUAACAGUGCUAAACCCCUUCGCCUCAAUCGACAACCACCUAAUGGACGACAGCGACCUCUACGGCGCCCUGCUCUACAUCGUUCUCUACGGGACCUUCCUCCUGCUCUCCGGCAAAGUGUUUUAUGGCUACAUCUACGGCGUGGCCGUCUUUGGCACCGUCGCCCUCCACCUAAUUCUGACCGUCCAUGUCCGGGCCCGCGGGCCACUUCUCUGCGACACUGACGUUCCCCGCUCGGCGAGCGUGCUGGGGUACUGUUUUUUGCCGCUUGUCCUGACGGCUCUUGUGGGCAUUCUUAUUCCUAUGGAUACCAUGUUCGGAUACCUUUUGACUACUGCUGCGGUGGGCUGGUGCACGUAUAGUUCGUCGGGGAUGUUCUGCGCCGUGGCGCGGAUGAGUGGGAUGAGAGGGCUUGUUGCGUAUCCGCUCGCGCUCUUCUACGUUGUUUUUGGGAUUAUGGGCAUCUUUUCUUCGCGCGGGACGGGGACGCUGGCGGCGAAGACGGGUGCUGCGUGA